CACAGCCACUCUGUGAGAGGAAGCUGGGGUUUGUGGUUCCUGUUUUGCCUAGGGACAAGGAGUGGGAGUGCAGAGGGGCUGGUAAGAGCUUUGGCUUCUCAUUUUAGGGUCAUUAAUGCUUCCUUAAGGGGAAGAAGGGGCUGGAUUGGUGGCUCCAGUGCCCAUUCCCUCAUCUGUAGUCAUUCUUGUGAAACAAAACUUGGCUAAGCUUUGUAUUGUGGUUAUUUGUGUCUACCGUCCACCCUCCUGUGAGUUCCUUAAAGGCAGAGGCCAUGUGUGACAUGUUACUGAGUUUGUAGGGUCCCGCAUGGGUAGUAGGACCCCAUUUUUCACUGGUUGAGUAACCUGGGAAGCAGACCAAAGGGGGCACAUUUCAAAUAGCAGUCUGAGGACUUGGUGGUGAGAAAGAGCUGGAGAGGUGAGCACCAGCUGGUGGAAGCCCAUAGAAGAGAUUAGCAGGAGGACUCAAUGAAGAAAAUUCAGGAUGCUGCUUUACCACCUAGAGGAAGACAAACCAGAUGAGAUCACAGAAUCGGAAUCAGAAUCAGAAGCCCUAGAAUCCUCUGGCCUAAGCAUUCUUGAUGCAGGCAGGAGUCCCACCGCAGCCUGCGGAGCCAAGCAUGUCUGCCUCUGUUCGAGAGCAGCGGGUCCAGGGUUCUCCCGGCCUCUCUCUGGCCCCCGUCCCGAGGCCGGGAGAGCCCGAAGCCGAGACAGAGAGAGAGGACCCGGAAGUUGGGGGGGUGUGACCUCCAAGCACGUGAUGAGGGGCCCCGCGGGCGCUGUCACGUGACCCGCCAACCUGCGGUCCCUCGGAGCCGAACUCGCAGCGGCUCUUAAAGGUACAGACCGCGGAGGCCCCUGCCUUCGAGGGGGCCGGGGCAGCGUCCCAUGGGUGGGGCAGAGUGGGUGUGCGAGGGCGCGAGAUGGGCCCCCGGGGUAACGUGGUGGGUCGCCCCGCGCGGGUGCAGCGGAGAAGCCGGAGCUGGGCCCUGCAGUGGGGCGCGGAUCCUUCUCCUGUGUCGCAGACCCUCAGCCGCCGGGUCGGAGCCAGUCCUGGACUCUCGCUGACUUAGAACUUGAAGCCAUGGGAGGCUGUGCGGGCUCGCGGCGGCGCCUCUCGGACUGCGAGGGGGAGGAGACGGCCCCGGAACCUCGGUCCCCUCUGUUGGACCGUCAGGGCGCCCUUUGGAGGAACGUGAUGGGCUUCUGGCUCCUGGGCCUUUGUAACAACUUCUCCUACGUGGUGAUGCUCAGCGCUGCGCAUGACAUCCUUAGCCACCAGAGGGCAUCUGGGAACCAGAGCCAUGUGAACCCGGACCCACCCCUCACCCCCCACAAUAGCUCCUCUCGAUUUGACUGCAACUCCGUCUCCACGGCUGCAGUGCUCCUGGCAGAUAUCCUCCCCACCCUCGUCAUCAAACUGCUGGCUCCCCUGGGUCUGCACCUGCUGCCCUACAGCCCCCGGGUUCUCGUCAGUGGGAUUUGUGCUGCCGGAAGCUUCCUCCUGGUUGCGUUUUCUCAUUCAGUGGGGACCAGCCUGUGCGGUGUGGUCUUGGCUAGUAUCUCGUCCGGUCUGGGGGAGGUCACCUUCCUCUCGCUUACCGCCUUCUACCCCAGGGCUGUGAUCUCCUGGUGGUCCUCAGGCACUGGGGGAGCAGGGCUGCUGGGAGCCCUGUCCUAUCUGGGCCUCACCCAGGCCGGCCUCUCCCCGCAGCACACCCUGCUGUCCAUGCUGGGUGUCCCUGCUUUGCUGCUGGCCAGCUAUUUCUGUUUGCUCACACCUCCUGCGCCCCAGGACCCUGGAGGGGAAGAGGAGGCAGAGACCUCUGCUCGGCAGCCUCUGAUAGGCAGCGAGGCUCCGGAGUCAAAGCCAGAAUCCAGGUCAAACCUCUCCCUUCCGGAAAGGUGGACGGUGUUCAAGGGCCUGCUGCCCUACAUCGUCCCCCUGGUGGUGGUUUACUUCGCGGAGUAUUUCAUCAAUCAGGGGCUGUUUGAGCUCCUGUUCUUCCGGAACACGUCCCUGAGUCACGCUCAGCAGUAUCGCUGGUACCAGAUGCUCUACCAGGCCGGCGUCUUUGUUUCCCGCUCCUCUCUCCGCUGCUGUCACAUCCGCUUCACGUGGGUCCUGGCCCUGCUGCAGUGCCUCAACCUGGCCUUCCUGCUGGUGGACGUGUGGCUGAGCUUCCUGCCCAGCAUCUACCUCGUCUUCCUGGUUGUUCUGUAUGAGGGGCUUCUUGGAGGUGCCGCCUACGUGAACACCUUCCACCAGAUUGCCCUGGAGACGAGUGACGAGCACCGGGAAUUUGCCAUGGCGGCUGCCUGUAUCUCUGACACUUUCGGAAUCUCCCUGUCGGGGCUCCUGGCCCUGCCCCUGCACGACUUCCUUUGUAACCUGCCUUGACACUCCGGCUUCUCAGGACACGGGACACACUAAUCUGGGCCUGCGCUGACCGGCGGCCGAGUCAGACCGCAGGCGCACAGCCCAGAGCUCACCCAUGAGCCCUGCCCCAGGCUUGCCUAGCGGCUGGGGUGCAGACACACGCGGCGGUCCUGUUCUCCUUUGAGCAAGCCGGCAGUGUUCGCCCUCUCCCAGGCUGGCCUUGGGGACUUCCUUCGUGGCGUUACAUCCUCAGAAUAAAUGCCUAUUUUAUUAAUUGA